GGCGCGCGCGGGGCCAGCGACCGACGGCAGGCAAGCUCGGCCGAGUUCGCGGCCCCAGCGGCAGAGUAGGAAAGACGCGUGUGUUGUGUGUGCAUGUGUUGCGCGGCGCCCGCGCGCUCGGCACGGCUGCUCUCCUCCGCGCCGCUGAACGGCGCCGGCCGCUUCGCCGAGAGCACCAGCAGCAGCCGGUCUCCCUGCUGGUGUGCGAGGAUGUGAUGCCUCCGCGUCGGCCGCUCCCUGCGCCUGCCUGGCUCCUGGGCCUGGCGCUGGCCGCCGCGGCUGCGACGUCGGUGGCGGCGGCCCGGCCGCCGAACACCGCGUGGUGCCCCGUGGCCGAGUGCACGUGUUCGGGGACGCAGCGGAGCAGCUUGCGCGUCGACUGCUCGUCGCUCGAACUGGUGCGCGUGCCGCCGGUGUCGUCGUCGUCGUCGCAGGAGGCCGCUAAUGGGACUAGCCGGGGGGACCCGCCGGCGCUUGCAGCUGCAAGUCGUCAGCCUAGAUCUGAGCCGAAACAACUUGACGUCCCUCGACGUGGCCGCUUUCGCCGACUUCCCGGGGCUGAGAGAACUGCAUCUCGAGCACAAUGGUUUGGAGUGGCUUCCAGACGACACGUUCAAGGGCGCUGAUGGCAUCACAUUCUUGUCACUGGAGGCCAACAACUUCACGAAGAUUCCGUGGGACGCCCUCAGAGAACUGCCGGCACUGGAAACAUUGCACCUCAACAGGAACCGCUUGACGGAGGUGCCCCCGCCGGCGGAGCCGUCCUUCCACCGAAGGCUGCGCAAGGUGUGGCUAGACAGUAACCAGCUGUCGCGAGUGCCCGUCCAGUGCAUUCAGUCCCUUCCCAGACUGGAAGCCUUAGGUCUGGGAGAGAAUCUCAUCAAGGAGCUGAAGUCGCACGCAUUCGGGAAUGCGUCGCGCCUAGAAGUGCUAAUCCUCCGAAAGAAUCAUAUCAGCGACAUCGAUCCUCGCGCUUUUCAUGGCUUGCGGUCUUUGCAGGCGAUAGAUCUUAGCCACAACAAGCUGACUCAUCUGCCCAUUGCUCUGUCUUCAUUAACCAUGCUCAAAGAACUCAUUAUAUCGGACAACCAUAUCCGUUUCCUUGGAGAGGAUUCCUUUAGAAGCAAUGGUGGCCUGACCCUACUCGAAUUGGCCAACAAUCCGCUGGAGUCCUUCGACCGGAAGACCUUUUCACGCCUGCCAUAUCUCAAAAGGCUAUUGGUGAAAGAAGCUCGGGCGCUGGAACACUUCCCGGACCUGAACGGCACCCACUCGCUGGAGCAGAUUCGCCUGAGCAGAGCACGCUUGAGCUCGAUACCCAACGACCUUUGCCGCGCUGUCCCGAAGCUCAAGAUACUCUACCUCAUGUCCAAUCAUCUCAGGCAGGUUCCUAAUUUGACCGACUGCUCGGAGCUACUCAUCCUGGACCUGACGUACAACCGCAUCGAAUCCCUGGAUGGCUCGCCAUUCCUGUCGCUCAAGAAGCUUCGCGAUCUUAACCUUGGCAACAACCUCAUCCGCCGCAUAGGGGACACUGCCUUCCACGGGCUCGCAUCUCUGCAAGUGCUGGCACUGCAGAAAAAUGGCAUCAGGGAAAUUCAUCCGGACUCAUUUGUUCCCACCGCGAAACUUCAAGAUCUGAACUUGGGGGACAACGCGUUCCCGGCGAUGCCAUACCGCGGCUUGCGCGGCUUGCAUCGCCUCGUGACGUCGGGAAACCGCCACCUGCGCAGCUUUCCGCCCCCGGAGGCGUUUCCGCGCAUCCAGAAGCUGUACCUCUCCUACUCGUACCACUGCUGCGCUUACCUGCAGUCGGUGGGUAGUGGGACGCCCGACGCACCCGUUGCCAAGGACGCCGUGCUAUGGCUCAAGAAGGACGACAUCGACAUGGACAAGUGGACCAGCCUCAGCAAUGCCUCCGCAUUGGACGUCUUUCCAGAUAACAUCACGUCAAAGUUCCAAGAGUUUACUCACCAACUAAUCAAGGUCUUCGGCCAGGACUACAUCAUUCCUGACAACCUGGCCCAGUACUACGGCGAAUACUUGGAGGACUACAAAGCCCUCUAUACAAGCGACGAGGAAUUCCAGUACCCCGUGCAGUGCAUUCCACUACCAACCCCAUUCAUGCCAUGCGAGGACCUGUUCGGCUGGUGGACGUUGCGCUGCGGCGUCUGGGUCGUAUUCCUGCUCGCCAUGCUUGGCAAUGGUCUCGUCGUGAUCGUGCUCUCGCUCGGCCGCUCCAAGAUGGACGUGCCGCGGUUCCUUGUGUGCAACCUGGCGCUCGCCGACUUCUUCAUGGGCAUCUACUUGGGGUUCCUGGCCGUCGUCGACGCCUCUACCCUUGGCGAGUUCCGGGUAUACGGCAUUGGCUGGCAGAUGUCUCCUGGCUGCCAAACGGCCGGAUUCCUCGGCGUGCUCAGCUCAGAGCUUUCCGUGUACACGCUGUCUGUGAUCACAAUGGAACGAAACUACGCCAUUACGCAUGCCAUGCACCUCAACAAGCGCUUAUCGCUCAAGCACGCAGGGUACAUAAUGGGCUGCGGCUGGAUCUUCGCGCUGGUCAUGGCGGUGCUUCCAUUGGUGGGCGUGAGUGACUACCGGAAGUUCGCUGUGUGCUUGCCGUUCGAAACAGAGGAUUCGGCCACGUCUUUGGCUUACGUCGUCUUCCUCAUACUCAUCAACGGCGUCGCCUUCCUCAUUCUCAUGGGUUGCUACCUGAAGAUGUACUGCGCCAUCCGAGGCUCACAGGCGUGGAACUCCAAUGACUCUCGGAUCGCCAAGCGCAUGGCGCUACUUGUUUUCACCGACUUCCUCUGCUGGGCGCCCAUAGCGUUCUUCUCGCUCACUGCGGUGGCAGGGCUGCAGCUUGUCUCACUCGAGGAGGCCAAGGUGUUCACUAUCUUCGUGCUUCCUCUCAACAGCUGCGCUAACCCAUUCCUCUACGCCAUAUUCACGAAGCAGUUCAAACGCGACUGCGUCCUCAUCUGCAAGCGCAUCGAGGAGUCUCGUGUCACGCGGGGCAUCGGCCGCUGCCGCCACAGCUCCAACUUCUCGAACCGGCACACCCUAUUGGGCACCAACUCAGCGGGCGAGCGGCUCACGGACCAGCAGGCGCCCGGACCGCCGUGCCAAUGUGGUCUGGCCAAGGGAACGACACGGGCAGCGCCCAGUGGCUGGAAGGCGUUCGCGCUUCGCUACCUCCUCUGCCGGGACCCCGACGCCCUUCAGACGGACGUCGACGGAUACAACUACGCGCUGGCACGAAUCCAGCGCACCAUGGAACGCGGUGGACAGCGUGCGUCCAGCAUUUCGAGCGAGAACUUCUCGUCGCGCUCGGACAGCUGGCGUCAAGGCAGCAUCCCGCUGCGGCUGCUGGGCGGCCGCGGAGGCGCCUCCUGGGCCGUGGUUGGCCGCAAGCCAUCCCAGGACUCGAGCCUGUCCUGCAGCAGGCCGGACUCUUCGACCUCCACCGUGCGCAUGUCGCGGUCGUCUGUCAGUAGCGACGGGACGGCGCGUGGUCCGCCCGUGACUAGGGCGGCCGGCGCUGAACCCGGUCGGCUUCUGAGGGCCUCGACGCGCGACAAGCCACAGCUCUGCCGGCAGCUGGCCGUGGACGACUCGGCUAGGGCCGGUGCCGCGCCACCGCCCCGCUCGCCGCCGUACGCGCAACGACGGAGGAGCGAUAACCUGUGUCCCGCUUGCUGCCGGAAAGAGGCCUCGCUGCCUUUCAAGAGCAAGGAGUUCGAGGAAAAGUUCAACUGCUUCUACAACCGGCUUGCCGAAACCAGCCACGAGGACAGCAGUGAGCUGUCCAAGGAGGAGCACGUCGUGCUCUCCACCGAUCAGUCGGAGCCGCGUAACUCUGUCAAGGACGACACGACGAACACGUCGCUGCAGAGCGAGUCCGGCCCUAGCGGCGUUGUUCAACCGGGUACCUCGAAAGCGUCGUGCGACUCGCCGGAACAGCAGCAGCAGCUACAACAACUGUCUUCGGUCUCCGAGGAGCCCCGAAAGAAGAAACGGGCACACGGCAAAAAGAAAAUGCACAUAAGCGUGGACGACAUCAGCAACCAGGGGCGCAAGACCGCUCCGGGAUACUACCAGACGGGCCGCAAAGUCGUGUCCGACAACUCCCUCAAGAAGAUGUCGCUCAAGAACUUGCCCCAGUUCCUGCGUUCGCUGUCUAGUCACAGCCCGAAGGGCAAGUUGGAGACCAAGGAGCGCAAGCUGAAGGUGAGCAGCCAGAGCCACCUAAGGCCCAAGUCCUCUGAGAGCUUACCGUGCUCGAAGAGUGACACGCGCAUCCACAACCAGGAAGGCAGCUUCCAGGAGUGGAGCCAGCUCGAACCCAUUCCUCAUGAUGGCAGCGACGCCGACCGCUCGGACUCGAACUCGGAGAAUGAUGAAGUGUUCAUCGAGUUCAGGGCGAGGAGCUCCUGCUGUGAGCUCGGGUCGAGGCAGGAAUGCCGCGCCUUGCUUGCGCCGGAAGAGCCCAAAGUCGAAGAUGCCGAAAAACCUGUCGAGGACCCACCGGCAGUGAGUGGUGCUGAAGGGUCUCCUGUCAUGAGCAGCGCUACCACUGAAACAGAGGAGCACUGACUGCACACAUUUUCGUAUUAUUGGGCACACCUGAUGUGACGACGUUCGCCACAGCCACCGGAUACCUCGUUGCACAGAGCAAGGGCUCUAGCACCAUUCCAUGCAAAGAAGCCACAUCGAUGUAUAUAUAGGCCUGCGUGCAAAGUGUGCGCUCAUUACAUUGGGAUCACAUACGCAUUCAUAACUAAAGAUGACGAAAGCUCUUAUUUAUUUGUGCUUGCAUGUAACACAAUCCAUCGUCCUUGUUUUGUAAAGAAUUAGUGUAUGGAUGACCUUGACAAUGCAGUGAAUAAUUCGGACAUUUGCCGUGGCUAGCAGCCACACUAUAAGAAGCUUGCCUUACGUGGCACUCACUGUUCAUAGGCCGAUGCAUUGCAUGUCGUCUCGUUCUUGUCAUGAUUGACCAUAAUUCAUGAAACGGUCUAUAGUAAAUGGAUUUCACAAGACAAACGCUUCGUGCAUAUGUCCCAUGCACUUGCGCGUAUUGUAUUGUCAGAAUGCGCUGCAGGUUGUUGUCGCAUUAAAAGCAGCGCACGAAGCAAGUCGGUCCAAAAGAUUUUGAGUGAACUGCACGGCCUUUAAGUCGGUAUUUCUGGCUGGUUUUGCACAAGUAUUAUGUGGCGUUAGACGAUCUCCAACAACAUAAGCAAACCAGGCUGUCAAGAUCGUGUAUGGUUUUUAACGACACGACGGGGAUGGUAUUCACUGACCUGUAGCCACAUGAUAGAGCUGCUUGCUAUGAAAUGAGUUCUCAACCUUUGCAGCAUUGAUAUGAAAUUUCAUCGUGUUCAUAUUGCAGCACUAAAUGGCCGCUUGUGUCAAUGUUUUCAAAUAAUAACAGUCAAAGUUGCACAGGAGUGCUCUCGAAGGAAACUUGUACAAAGUUUUUUUCGUGAAGAAAUUUUCAUUAGAACUCUCGGCAGCAGGAUGCUCUUCAUUACCCAUGAUGGCUUAACACGUCACAUGGAAUUCACGUCACGCCGCCCCGCUUUAUGUGACGCAUUGUAGCUACAUCGUCUUCUCGACAAAGUAAUGACGCAGGUGAUUUCAGCACGCUCUGUCAUCAAAAACGCGGCGUACCGUAGUGAAUAGAUUUUCAAACAGACAGAAACAGCUGGAGUGUGCUCUGGCGCAAGGGUUUAAUUGUACGGUAAGACCAAUAAAAGGGUCGUCAGAAGGUUUCAACGAUAUGGGCUAAAACUCGAGGUCGCAUAACGUCUCUCUUGCAAGUAGUGCGCACAAUUAAAUCAAGAGUAGAAUGGGAACGCCGUUCGACCUCGGAUAAGUGAAUUUUCUCGCAUGCUCAUCCCAAUCUGUGUAGAAGCAUAAAAGCGAAUUAGUGGUGAAAAUUUUGCCUAUACGUUACGCCUAGCAUAAUCAUAGAGUACGUGUGGACGGUAACCAGACACCUGCUCAGUGAAAUUCAGUAAACUCACGCACUUCAGUUGUCAAGUUCAAAAGACAAUUGCCUAACGUUAACUAAUCGUUAUGGUUAGCAGGAUAUCAAGAAAGCCGUUCGAAACCAACACAUGAAACGAUCGUCGUUUUUUCCCCAGAAAAUGCCAUCGCUUCUCCGCCUCCUUCGGUAAUGCUUCGUAAUGACAACUGUAAUUAUAAAUUAGUAAGACUGUCCAGCAAGAAGCGAAACGCCGACGCUUCCCAAGCCCAAACUCUCUCGUGGGCCCCAUUGCGACACGCAACGUUAUCUCCCGAAGCUUCGGUACUGAUGUCCGUCUCUGACACUGCGUUGUCUGCAGAUACUUCCGUCUAAUGCCAGCAUCUCGCUCAUUCCUAACGUCCUGUUAGACGUUUUACAUCAGUUCUAGAUAACAUGGUAGUUUUUAUUGACCUGCAUUUAUUUGUAUUUUUCAACAGUCGUGUUUUAUUUACUUGUCAACAUGUUUCGUUUCUGUUGCGAUUGUCGUAUUUAUAGCUUGGUAUGCGGACACCCGUUAGGGCCAGUUGAAAGGAAAUUCCGACACUCUUUUGAACUGCCAAACGAGAAAAAAACGCACGAGAUUGUCAACUGAUCUACUGAAGCUUCAGCCCAAUUGCACCGUCUCGCGAUACCUUCCAUGACGUUCUACUCGAAUACGUUUGGAUUACCUUAAAUAAGCCUCGAAAUUGUUUUGGUGUGCCCAAAAUUCUCAUUUGUAGAUACGGCCUACUUCAUACAGGCCUCCGCACUACAUACCCCAUUUGUGUUCAGUGCGCCCCAUUUGCCACAGGAGUACCCAGUCACUGAGCGCUACAGUCGCAGCUAACAUGCGCAGUUCACCAUGUGUCCGGAGGCAUUUUCCCCCCUUUUCAGCAGAUGCAGGCACUGACAGUUGUGACAUUCUGGUUUAUGUGCGUUCGUUAACAUUUGUUAUGGCAAUAUUUUUUGUAGUUUGCCUGGUACAGUUAUUUUGACACGUACUUAUGAAAGUUCAGUUGCUGAAACAGAUUUCCAGGUGGUCAAAAUUAAUCCGGAGCCCUCCGCUACGGCGUGCCUCAUAAUCAGAACUGGUUUUGGCACGUAAAACCCCAGAAAGAAGAAAAAGAAGAAACAGAUUUCUUGGCCACAAGGCCUCUUAGUGUGGGUACUCCCGGAUGAAAUGUAUGCGCUAAAUUUCUGGACAUUUAAAACGGCAUAUACUUUCUUGCAUCCAGGUCAUGGCACAUGAAAAACGCCAUUUUUUUUGUAAGUCCAGCAGAAGUUCAUAAAAAAACCAGGUUACUUUUAUGGAGGAACCUUGAAGCAAAGAGAAACCGUGCCGAUGAAAUGUCCGAAAGACUGUGUUCGAAGUGACAACCUGGCUUUUGACACAUAAGCACCAAAUAAGUGCCAAUUCCGGGUAAACUCCGAAGUUUUAUGGUUGAAGAAUGCAGAGUGCAUGUGUUGACGCCGCUUCUCACUCCAUGUCAUUGCAUAAGCGUGAUUGGGAAUGUAGCAUACCACUUAAGUCUUGAGGUUUGCGCUCACUUAGUGAGCCUAAAAAUGAUUUACUUUGGGGAGAAAGUCAGUCUGUGGCAACUCGCAAUGAACGUCUUGGAAAAACAAUUUGUAAAAGUAGAACUAGCAGUGCCUUCUCGAUAUUUGCUUUCUUUCUCAGUGGUUCUUCAGAAAAGUAACGACCAUUUUAACAGAAACAUUAGUGCUUGUAAGUUAACUUCUGCGAUUUAUUGCAAUUAUAUUUACGUGAAAUUAUGGCAUACAAUAGCUUGAAGGCAACUUUAACGCAGACACGGUACUGAAGUAGAGUUUCUGAAAGAGCUAUUCCAUGUAUUUAUCAGCCUCCAUUAAAAAUCUAAGUCGCUUGCACAAAUUGUCCGUUCUUGGUGAAUGUCCACCCAUAAGAUUUAGUUUCCAAGCAAAUGCGUAUGUUCGAACAUUGCUUGACGCUAUGCACCAUGUAAAACUGCGGAAACGCGAAACAUAUUCCAGGCGACGUUUUUUUUCUUUUGUUUAACAACGUUUCAGGAUACAAGGCACCAAGGCGCAGAAGCGCCUCGAGAUACACCGAGAAAACAAUGGUGCUUCUACUGCCAUGUUACCGCGCGUCACUACAACGGGCACUUAAGCCAAAGUAUGUGCGAAAUUAUGCACAAAGAGCCGUCUUAUUAGCGGCUCUGAAUAACGCUGGUGCGACUUUCACAUUCAGCCUUCAAAACACGCAGACGCAUGCAGUGAUUGUUAGCCCUAGCUUUUUACAUAAGCUUGACCUAUACGGUGUGCGAAUUAUGGCACUAUCAAUAAAAUUUGUUACCGUUCGUGUGAAAUUCACACAGUAUAAGGUAUUAGCAUUUAUUUUGUUCACAUUUAUUGUCUCUCAUUACAAGCACUGCCUACGCGCUUGGGGUUUUCGGACACCACUGUCGUGGAUUCUUUCUGUUUAUGUUCGAGGGAAAAUAUUGACCUUGCUUCCCUUGUUGAACAUACUUCAGCUCCGCUGUUAUUGUGUAAAAUUCCAAAUAACUGCAGCAAAGCUUUUGCGGUGACGCUUGCGACUUGUAAAUGACUGGACACACUUACGUGUAUGUCGCAUUUGUCGGCGCAGAAGCUGCGUUGAUUCUGAGAAACACUUUGCUCAGCUGAUUGUGGCUGAGCAAACUGAGGCUGACACCUUUCGUUUGCCAUGACAAUUACAUGGCAGCUGCACAAGCAAACACGAUAUAAAUCUUAUGUACGACUCGGCGUUGCGAAUUCAUUCUGGUCAUUCAGCUGUCUGUCUAUCGUGGAACAAAGAUCAAGGUGUCGGCAAGAAUUUCGUCCUGUGGUCUACUUGACAAUGAAUCGUCGGCGUGUGUGAUGGACUGUGAUAUAACGCGCGAAUAUAUUGCCAUUAUACACUCUUGUAUUAUACGAACACUGCGUAUUCAGUGCCAUUUUGAUGUGCUUGGAUGUUUUGAGCAUACAGACCCACUUGUAAUAUAUACAAACGGAAUAAACAACUUUUUUUUCUUGCUCUGCGCAAUGCAACAAA